AUGCAUGAGGACCUCUGGACUAACCCACAUGGGGAAUUCAGCCGAGAGAGAUUACAAGCAUACCCACCACCUCCACCACCACCCCCACCGCCUAUGUCGGCUCACCGGGUACCAGGCCAACCCAGGCUUCUUCGAUGCUCAGUGGUGAACUUGCGCCCCUUUGAGGAGAGGAACACCAUCCUGGAGCUAGAGCAGAGCAACCAAAGACUGAAAAAUGUGAAUCAAGAGCUGAGGGAACGGCUCGAGGAGUUCAUGGAUCCCACAGACUUGAGGCAGGAAUUUGACCCCCUGUGCCCCAAUCAUCAGCGCCAGUUACAGAUUCUGGCUUGGGAAAAGGACUGUCCCCAGAUGAUGGAGGACCCAAGAACAGUACGGGUGCUAAAACAAAAAAUCUGCCCUCAUGAGACCCACUUCACGGAGAAGCCUCAGAAAGAGGUGCAUCAAAUGAGGCUGUCCUAUGACAGAAAGAAGACACCCCUCACAGAGAUAACACACCAAUCUCCUCAGGUGUGGGAUGGCAUGAGUGAAGUACAUAUGUCCCUGAACGACCAGGCUGAAGGACUUCUGACUCUCAAAAAGGAUAUCCGAGAUGUGUUAGAUGAGGUAGAAGAUAUCCAAAUGGAAAUUCUUCGGGACCAGGCCCAGUACCAAAAUCUAAAAAGGAAAAGCUUGCGUAUCCAAGAGAAGAAGAAGCCUCGACCACCCACCCCUGUAAAAGAAGAUAACCAGACAGGGUCCGGGAAAUCCUGGGCAAUCUUGUCUAAGGCAGGUUUGGUCCUGUCCAUCUGCAGUGUCCUGUUUUACCUCUAUGUUGUGAACCCCACUCCCUAUGAGAACGUUCUUCCCCCACUCAUUGGCCAAAGCACAGUGUGGCGCAUCCGGGCCUUGUGUGACCCCUUCCUCAGGGUGGAAGUAGAUGACUUCCUGCCGUUUUAG